AUGUCAGCACCUGGGAAGUUUGAUUAUUCUUCCGGUGCGGCGCUAGAUAGGCCUCUAUACAGAUCUAACUUUGCCGCACAGAUGGAAAGAUCAAGUAGCUUUCGUGAACAUCCUGUCCCAUCAUCUCAUCCAAACAGCACUUCACCACUAGCACAAACCGAUGUAACGAAUUUCUUUCAGUGUUUGCGUUUUGAUCCUAAGGUGGUUGCCGCCGAUCACAAGUCUAUUCGUCAAGGUGACUUUAAGCGCCAUGUUAAUAUUGCUCUUGGAAUACAAGGAGAUGAGUCUCCUAGUACAGGAGUGAAAGGGAAGUUCAUUCCAGAAGAGAUCAAAAGACUAAAAGCUGGUCUGCGCGAAAACAAUGUCAAGGCCAGGGAGCGCGUAAAAAUUUUCAACGAAGCUUCUUCUGUAUUUAACAAGUUUUUUCCAAGUGUGCCUACAAAAAAGAGGUCUCGACCAGAAGGGUUUUCUGCUGGUGAUCGCUUGGUAUCAGGAUCCGGCCUUGGUAAAAUGGGUAUUCAAGGUCAGACCCUGGAUGGUGGCUUUGAGCUUGACCAGCAAAAGUUGGAUGAACGACCUAAAAGUGGUGUUCCAAAUAAGCGAACACGUACUUCGAUGAUGGAUGUUCGAAGCAAUUCUAUCGUUCGGCAGUCAGCUGCUCUAGACAGAGAUAAUGAAAUAAUGCGGCCGGAAAAUCAAUAUGCAGUUCGGGGUGAAGAUCAAACUUCAAUUGGUAUUGAUGGUUGGGAAAAGUCAAAGAUGAAGAAAAAACGCUCCUGUAUUAAAACGGACAGUCAUCCUAACCUGGCUACAAAUAAACUGGUUAAUGGUUACCGAGACUUGAAGCAGGGCACACAGCAGAAGUCAAUGGGUGACUCCCGGACGAGGUUGAAUGGUGACUCGAACAUGUUAAGGCAAGCGGCUGGUAAUGGAGCUACUGGAUAUGGCAGAUUUGAUAACCUCUCUCAGCAGACGAGCUUGGCUGGGCAUUCUCCACUGUCAAGGCUCGAUUCUGAUCAAAAUUCUUUGUGCGCUGAGAAGAGAGAACGAUCCAUAGGUUCAGAUAAGGAAAGGGUGAAUCUAAGAGCUGUCAACAAGUCCAAUAUUCAAGAUGAAAUCAAUUCCUCAAGUCUAGUUUCAAACACAAUACGAAAUGCUUCACUUCGUGGGCCUAGAUCAGGAUCAGGGCUACCUCCAAAACUGUCUCCAGGACCCCAUAACACUCCAUCUCCAAGUGACUGGGAUAUCUCUGGCUGUACAAAUAAACCACCACCAAUGUCAGGGGUUAUGCAUCGGAAGCGUAUGACAUCAGAUAGGUCUUCGUCACCACCUGUCACUCAAUGGGCCAGUCAAAGACCACAAAAGAUAUCCCGUCCAGCAAGAAGGACGAAUUUAGUUCCUAUUGUUUCUAGUAAGGAUGAUGCCUACGAUAAUAUAUCAGAUGCUGGUUGUAGUGAAACUGAGUUUGGAUUUUAUAAACGCUCGCCAGCUGCUUCUCCUCAACUGAAAAUAAGAGGUGAAAGCAGCUUCUCCACAGCAGCUUUGUCAGAAAGUGAAGAAUCUGGUCCCCCUGAGAUCAAGUCUAAUUACAAGGGGAAACAGUCUGAUGAGGUUGAUGGGAAAGUUGCACAGAAUAUUCCUAAAGUGUCUAUCCCUGCUUUACAAUCAAGAAAAGGUAACAAGACUGCUUCUGGUGAAGAGAUUGGGGAUGGUGUGAGAAGGCAAGGAAGGACGGGCCGUGGCUUUUCUUCCACAAGGUCUCUCAACCCAAAGGGAGUAGAGAAACUUAAGAAUGUUGGAACAGCGAAACAGCUUCGCAGUGCAAGAGCUAUCUUGGACAAGAGUGAAAGUAAGGUGGGUCGUCCACCCACUAGGAAACUAACUGAUCGCAAGGCUUACAAACGUCAGAGAGCUACGGCAGCAAAUGCUUCACCACUGGAUUUUCAUGAUGAUGGCCAUGAGGAGCUACAAGCGGCUGUUAACUCAGCCGUAAAUUCUGCUCAGAAUUUUCCCAACUCUUUCUGGAAGCAAAUGGACCGCUACUUUUGCUUUAUAUCCGACAAUCAUAUCAACUUCAUGAAGCACCAGGGAGAACUCUUCUCCAUGGGUCCUUCACCUGUGCUGACAUCCCCUGACUUUGAUAGCCGUGACUUAUAUCCUAAGGAACUUUCAACUAGCAGUGUGGAUUCCAAGGCUUCUCCACUAUACCAUAGAUUGCUAUCAGCUUUGAUUUCUGAGGACUCGAAUGAAGAUCUACAAGUUGAUGGAUUUGGGGCCAUGCAUGAUCUUGAUGACCACUCAGAAUUCAGUGUUAUGAAUAAUGGGUUUAGAAACAAUGAAAGGCUGGAACAUGAUGAAGCACCCUACCACUACAAUGGCAAAUUUUCAGAUCAUUCACCGAUUGACUUCUCAGACAUUCCAUAUGAUAAAUUGGGGAUAGAUGAAAAGAUUUAUCUGGAAGUGCAGUCUAUUGGAAUAUCCUUAGAACCAAUGCCUAGUAUCUCAAACGUGGAGGAUGAAGGGAUCGUUGACGAAAUUAAAAAGUUGGAGGAGGCUAUCUGCAAGGAGGGUUCUCAGAAGAAAGAGAUGGCGGAUAGGCUGUUAAAGCCUGUAAUAGAGAUGAGAGAAACUCAAGAGAAGGAGUUAGAUCAGCUUGGUUAUGAUAAACUCAUCGAGAUGGCAUAUGAAAAAAGCAAGGCAAGUCGGCGUCAUCACACCGUUGGUGGAAAGAAUUCCACUAACAAGAUAUCAAGGCAGGCUGCAUCUGCGUUUGUUAAAAGGACGCUUGAACGAUGCAAUCAAUUCGAAGAGACGGGCAAAAGCUGCUUCAGUGAUCCUGAGAUUAAAGAUAAGUUCAUCGCCAGGUUGGAAACAACUCCUGCGGACAAGGAGGAUAAUCCGUCGACUUCAACACCUAUUGGCUCACAGCCAAGCUCUUCUUCGUUGGCACGCACUGGGCAGAACUUGGAGAACUAUGCCAAUUGUUCUGAUGCUGAAAAUUCUUUACUAGAGCAAACGACAUGGAGAGAAGAUACAGUUUGGUCCAAUGGGGUCAAGAAGAGAGAGUUGCUGCUUGAUGAUGUUGGUAUUAGAACACAAUUAUCAAGUAGUACAAAGGGAAAGAGAAGUGAGAGGGACAGAGAUGGGAAAGGGCAAGCUUCAUCUAGAAGCAGGACCAAUAAGAUCGGCCGGCCUUCCCUGUCCAAUGCCAAGGGUGAAAGAAAACCGAAAGCAAAACCGAAGCAGGAGACAAAUCAGAUAUCUUCAUCUUCUAGGAUCCUGGAGCAACCCAAAGCACCAUUACCGAACUCAAAUGAAGCAAACGGUGAGUAUGAUAAUUUGGAGGCACUGGAGGAUACAGAGCCCAUUCUAGACUUUUCGCAGCUGCAAAUACCAGAUGGCUUAGGAGGUCCAGAGUUUGAUGCGCAACCAGGUGAUAUUAGCUCAUGGUUUAACAUGGACGAAGACGAGGAUUUCGAUAUCUCGGAGCUUGGAGUACCAAUGGAUGAUCUCGCAGGGCUGAAUAUAAAGUUUUGA